UCAUCUUAGAUCUCCUUCCAACACGGGCCCCUGGCAGAAAGGAGAGGCAGGGUUAGCUCCCAGCUGCUAUGUUCCCCCAGUCCUGCCCCAGCUGUGCCAGCCCUGAGACAAAGCUAAGCAGUCUUGCACCCCAGAUCACACUGGUUCCCCCAGGACAGGCCUGAGGACACUGGAUGGAACAACAACUGCUCCUCGUGCAGCCUGGGCCGCCCUGCCCGAAGACUGCCACGGCACGUACCCGCUGCCCUCUGCCCGCGGAUAACAGCUGCCCCCGGCCCGGUUCGGCUUGGCCCGGGCGCCGGCACAGGGCAGUGUCCGGCCCGGGAGGAGCAGCCCCGCCGCGGGGGAACCGCGGAGGUCCCGGUCCAGCGGCGGGGCUUAGGGCGCGGCUGCCGCUCGGUGCGCGCUUUCUCCGCCGGCCGCUGCCUUCGCACCUCGUCGUGUUCGGGGAGCUGCGGGGAGCCCCCGGAGACAGUGCCCGCUCGCCUCACCCUCCCCACGCGCACCCAUCCUCGCCCUCACCUCUGAGCUGGUCUCGUCGGACCCGAGAUGGACAUUAACGCCGUGGAGUCGACCAGCCGGCCGGACGAUUCAU